CGGGAGCGAGCGCUAGCGGGAGCGCGCUGGCCCAGGAAGCGGAGAGCGCCGCCCACCCAGCCCCGGCGAGAGCGCUGUGGGCAGAGGCAGGCUGGGCCGGGGGCUGCCGGCCCUCGACCCCCGCCGUGACCCCGCAGCCGCCAGCCCGCUCCCAAGAUGAUGAAGAGGCAGCUGCAUCGCAUGCGGCAGCUGGCCCAGACGGGCAGCUUAGGACGCACCCCGGAGACUGCCGAGUUCCUGGGUGAGGACCUCCAGCAGGUGGAGCAGCGGCUGGAGCCAGCCAAGCGUGCGGCCCACAAUGUCCACAAGCGACUGCAGGCCUGUCUGCAGGGCCAGAGCGGGGCCGAUAUGGACAAGCGGGUGAAGAAGCUGCCCCUCAUGGCUCUGUCCACCACGAUGGCCGAGAGCUUCAAGGAGCUGGACCCUGACUCCAGCAUGGGGAAGGCCUUGGAGAUGAGCUGUGCCAUUCAAAACCAGCUGGCUCGCAUCCUGGCCGAGUUUGAGAUGAACUUGGAGAAGGACGUCCUGCAGCCUCUCAACAGGCUGAGUGAGGAGGAGCUGCCAGCCAUCCUCAAGCACAAGAAAAGCCUGCAGAAGCUGGUGUCCGACUGGAAUACCCUCAAGAGCAGGCUCAGCCAGGCAGCUAAGAACUCAGGCUGCGGUCAGGGCGGGGGCGGAGGCCCUGGCGGUUACAGCCACACCACUGCAGCCAACAAAGUGGAGACACUGAAGGAGGAGGAGGAGGAGCUGAAGAGGAAGGUGGAGCAGUGCAAGGAUGAGUAUUUGGCCGACCUGUACCACUUUGCCACCAAGGAGGACACAUACGCCAACUACUUCAUAAACCUCAUGGAGAUUCAGGCCGACUACCAUCGCAAGUCUCUGAGCUCGCUGGACACGGCCCUGGCUGAGCUGAGGGAGAACCACAGCCAAGCAGACCCCUCCCCCUCGAUGACGGCCGCCCCCUUCUCCAGGGUGUAUGGGGUGUCCCUGGGAGUUCACCUGCAAGAGCUGGGCCGGGACAUCGCCCUGCCCAUCGAGGCCUGCGUCCUGAUGCUGCUUUCUGAGGGCGUGAAGGAGGAGGGCCUCUUCCGUCUUGCCGCUGGGGCCUCGGUGCUGAAGCGCCUCAAGCAGACGAUGGCCUCGGACCCCCGCAGUCUGCAGGAGUUCUGCUCUGACCCCCACGCCGUGGCAGGUGCCCUCAAGUCCUACCUGCGGGAGCUGCCGGAGCCCCUGAUGACCUUUGACCUCUACGACGAUUGGAUGAGGGCAGCCAGCUUGAAGGAGCCCGGAGCCCGGCUGGAGGCCCUCCAAGAGGCAUGCGGCCGCCUGCCCCAGGAGAACUUCAAUAACCUCAGGUACCUGAUGAAGUUCCUAGCACGUCUGGCUGAGGAGCAAGAGGUGAACAAGAUGACGCCCAGCAACAUCGCCAUCGUCCUGGGGCCCAACCUGCUGUGGCCCCCUGAAAAAGAAGGGGACCAGGCCCAGCUGGAUGCAGCCUCAGUGUCAUCCAUCCAGGUGGUGGGAGUGGUGGAGGCUCUGAUACAAAGCACGGACACCCUCUUCCCUGGAGACGUCAACUUCAACGUGUCAGGCCUGUUCUCAGCCCUGGCCCCCCAGGACAAGGUCGGCGACAGGCCGACCUCCGAGGAGCUUCCGACCAUGGCCGUGCCCGCUCCAGCCACUGCCCCAGCCCCGGCCCCGGCCUCAGUGGCUACCAAGGAAAGGACAGAGUCCGAGGUGCCCCCCAGACCGGCCUCCCCGAAGGCCAGCAGGAGCCCCCCAGAGGCAGCAGCCCCAGCAGAGGACAUGGCUCGGAAGAGUCCCAGGGGAGACACCACAAGGAAGGAGAGUUUGCCUGCUCCUACAGGACUUUGA